UCAAAUCGAACAUGCAGAAUCAAAUCAAACUCCCUUUUACAUAUGCAAACCCCCCAUGGCAGCUUGAUUUCCAGGCUCUGUUCUUCGCUACCUACUAAACCCGGCGUUGCCCCUGUUCGCCACCACAAUGAACAUCACCUGGUAAAACAAUCUCCCUCUGACUCCUAUCGCCUGCCAUCCCUCUUCUCCAACCCAGAUCGAAAGUCAGGCCACGAGCGGACAAAUCUCGGAGGCGACGGUGCAUACCCAAAUUCAAGAACACAUAAAUCGAAACUCAGCUCCAGAUACUCGGUUCCCAGCUAUAUGAAGCCCAAUUCCAUAAGCGCGGUUAGUGGUUAACCGCAAAUCGUUUAAAGGGGGUCUUAUACCGCCGCGGUUAGCAGUAUGGUCAUUUUGCGGUUUGUGGAGUAACACAAAUUACACCGAAUAACAAACUAAUCGUAUAACUAACCGCAUAUUACAUAGAUUAUUUGCCCCGACCCAAUAAGAAAGGUUUCAUUUCGAUGAGUCUAACCACCACCAACCCUCUUUCAACGUGAAUCCCAUCCAAUCCACUCUGUUUUUCCCAUAUUGGAGAUCGACAACAUCUACACCAAAUUCAUUUUUUCGAUUUUUGUUUCCAUUAUUUUCGACUACUGCGAUUAACCACAACUAACCGCACACUGCAAUUUGCGAUUAGUACAUCCUCCUUGCGUGGCGGCAUCUCAUUCAUCCGUCGCGGAUUCUACUACGUCAUGAGCUGUGACGUGAAAACUUAGACGCGCUUAUCAAAAGUCAAAACUGCAACCUGCUGACUGCGCCCUAAAAAAGAAAAGAAAAAAACAAGCUCUCUCUCUCCCUACAUUUCUUCUUCCUCAAUCGACUUGGCUAGCUUGGCUAUACUCUUCCAGCUCACUCCUCCGGGCUCCGGCCGACCCGCCGCUAAUCUUGGCUGUCUGAAUGAGAAGAGACUCGAAUCGCUCAGCCAGCCAAACAAGAAAAAAACAAAAAAGAACAAAAUUCCGCCAUUAUAACUCCGUUAGUGGGGACGCAAUUCAGUUGGUUUUGGGAUCGAAGGAGAGAGAAAGAGAGGGAAAGUGAGACAGAGAGAGAUAUGGGAGUGGAUUACUACAAGUUGCUGAAGGUGGCCAAGAAUGCGACGGAGGAUGACCUGAAGAAGUCGUACCGGCGGCUGGCGAUGCGAUGGCAUCCGGACAAGAAUCUGGUGAACAAGAAAGAGGCGGAGGCGAAAUUCAAGCAGGUCUCCGAAGCGUACGACGUGCUUAGCGAUCCCCAGAAGCGGCAGAUCUAUGAUCUGUACGGGGAGGAAGGCCUGAAGACGUUUGAUUUCCCUCCGCCCGACGAUGCUCCUUCCGGGGAUACGAAAUUCAGGUUCAAUCCCCGCGAUGCCGAGGAUAUAUUCGCGGAAUUCUUCGGUGGAUCUGGCGGCGGCGGGGGAAGUGGGAGGAGUCACCAUAAUCAUAGUCAUCGGAGGAAUGGGGAGAGUCACCAUCAUCAGGGGAAGAAGAAAGCUCCGGCGAUUGAGAGCAAAUUGGGUUGUAGCUUGGAGGAGCUCUAUAAAGGGGCAAAAAGGAAGAUGAAGAUUUCCCGCAACGUUCCUGAUGAAUUCGGCAAGCCAAAGGCCGUGGAGGAGAUCCUAAAGAUAGAUAUCAAACCCGGGUGGAAGAAAGGAACAAAGAUCACAUUCCCUGAGAAAGGCAAUCAGGAGCCUGGUGUUAGUCCAGCUGAUCUCAUUUUCGUGGUGGAUGAGAAGCCACAUGCUCUGUUCAAGCGGGAUGGAAAUGAUCUCGUGGUUCAUCAAAAGGUCUCCCUGCUAGAAGCUCUCUCUGGGAAGACUGUUGAGUUGACAACCUUGGAUGGGAGAUUCCUCACGGUUCCGGUGGAUGAGGUCAUUAAACCGGGCCAUGAAGUUGUGAUUGCGAAUGAAGGAAUGCCUAUCUCUAAAGAGCCUAACAAUAGAGGGGACCUCAGAAUCAAGUUUGAUGUCAAGUUCCCAUCAAGAUUGACAGCUGAACAGAAGUCCGAUCUAAAACGGGUGCUGGGUGGUGGUUUGUGAUGCGAGUGCCAAGCUUUUCCAUUGACACUGAUCUGAAUUGUAAGUUUGUUUGGUCGUAUGUAAAUAGAAUCGUUUUUUUCUGAUUCUUGUUAGAAGUAAGAAGAUUGUGCAUAGUAGGAAGGAAAAUGUUGUUAAGGAGCUAUAUUCUCCAGCGUAAUGUGGCCUACUCUUGUUUUAGGAUAAUUCUCUUAGCAUGCACAGGAUUUGCUUUUGGGCUUUGUAAUUUUAAUUU